AUGAAUGAAGAACAGCAAAACGCAACUCUUGUUGGACUUUUAAUCAAGUAUAUACCAAAUCAUAUCAUUGCAAAACAUAAAAGCUUAUUAUUUAGACCAAUUAAUAAAGACCACGCUUAUUUAUUUUAUGUCCAACCAGAUGAUGGUCGAAUUUAUGUGGCGGGGAGGAUUGAUAGAGAAAAACUAUGUCAGUAUAAAGACAACAGUUAUCAUCACCGUCUACCAGUGAAUUUACCAGCUGAGCAAAACUUGGAAUUUAAAGGUGAUAAUUCUACUUUCGAACAUGAAUGUCGGUUAACAAUGGGGGUGAGCUUAAUGAAGAUGACUGGCAAUAAAAUUGACAUCAUUGAAGUUAUUCGGGUAUACAUUAUUGUAAAUGACAUUGACGACAACGAGUGCUUCUUUACUCCUGGUGCAAAACAGACCAUUAAUCUACCAGAGGACAUUGAACCUCACACUCACAUAAACAUACCACUGUAUCAACCGCUUGACUUAGACGCUCAUCCAGAUCAUACUAUAAAUUCAGACAGAAUAUUUUUAUACACAGAAAAUAUAACUAAUGGAAGGCAAACAGAGGUUAUUCCUAACUCGCAAAUAGUAAAUCUGCCUUUUAAACUGAUCAUAUUGCCAACUGGAUCGUUGAUUAAACCAUAUUCAUUAAGUCUUUAUUUAGCUACGGCAUUGGACUAUGAAAAAGUAACUAGAUAUAAUUUAAUUAUUGAGGCGAAUAGUAAAUACGGCUCCAGGAACCAGAGUUGCUUUCUACAACUAAUCAUAAUGAUCCGAGACAGAAAUGAUCAUAAACCUUUUUUUGUAACGAAUUACUCAGAGAUCAACAUUUUUGAGAAUUUCGAUAUUUCUUUGCCAAUCUACACUUUCAAAGCUACUGAUUUGGACUCAGGUGAUGUAUAUAGUAAAAUUAUAUAUGAACUGGAUUCAGAAGCCCCAGAAAUGAUCAAAUCAACGUUCUAUGUAAAUCCACUUAAUGGUUCUUUAUAUUUAAAGCAUAAAUUGAACUAUGCAAUACGGUCAGUUUACUCCAUCCCAAUCAUUGCACGGAAUCCCAUCAGCAAUCAAGAGAAAGAGUGGAGAGAAACCAACGGUAGUCUGUUGUAUACUGAUAGUUUAACAACAAUUAAAACAAGUAUGUACUCUAAGGCUAAACUUGUCGUAAGUGUCAUUGAUGUCAAUGAUCAUUCACCUACAAUUACAUUCCAGUCACUUGAUGGCAGUUCAUAUUUACGUAUUCUAGAGCAUUCUAGUAACUUACCACUAGACUUUGCUAUAAUUUCUGUUGCUGAUGAAGAUGAUAAUUUCAAUGGAAAAGUAUCAUGUUCAGUCACACCAAACUAUACUGACAAAUUUCAACUAACACCAAUAAUUACCAACACUAAUAUAAGAACAGUAAAUAGCGAACAUGGCACAGUUUUUGUCAAUAAUGAUGGGCGCCAUAUUUCGAAAAAAGUGAGCACAUGGCCACAAACAGAAAUUACGAUUUAUAAACUUUCUACUAUGGUUCCAUUUGAUCGUGAACAGACGGAUCAUUUUAACUUAACAAUCGAAUGUCAUGACCAUGGUAAUCCACAAUUAGUAUCCAGUAAAUUAAUAAACAUUGAAAUUACCGAUAUUAACGAUAAUAAGCCGAUGUUCAACUCCAGUGAGUUACAUCUAGCUAUAAUGGAAGAUAGUGAUCCACAGAGAAGACAAAAGAUUAUGAAAUCAUAA